GUUUAAAAAGGCCGGUGGGUGCGUGUCGAUGGUCACAUUCAGUCCAAGGACUUGAAGCCCGUCGCAAGAUGAAAUUCUCGUUGCUUUCCUUGUUCCUGGUCGCUACCGUCGUGUGCGUCUCAGUCAUCGACUCCGCACCGGCUCCUCAUUGGCCAAGGUUCAGGGAACGUCGGUUACGCAACCGUCCGGCCGAAACUAAAGUUGAGGAAGGUAAAAAGGAAGAAAAGGUCGAAGCGGCUCCUGAAGAGAAAAAGGAAGAAAAAGCUCCUGAAGCUGAACCGUCCAUUGAUUUUGGAACACUCGCCGUCGAAGAAGCCGCUCCCGAAGCCAAGAAGGAAGAGGUGGCCGUGGUGGCGCCAGCGCCUAAAAAAGCGGCCAAAGUUGAAGAAGCGGAAGAAGAGGAGGCAGAGGGUCUCUCUGCCGAAGUGUAACGAGCUCAACAUUCAUAGAAAUCAUUGCAUAUAAUAUUCAAACAGAGUUUGAAUGCAAUUACGUCAUUUUGUUUUUUUUAGAACACGUCUCAUUGUAAUUCCCCUAUUGCCAAAUAUAAUUUAGCGCGUCUAUUCGUUUCUCUCCAUUA